AGUCGUAUGAUAAGGACUUGUCGGGAAAUUGCUAUAAAUUCUCUUGCCGGCAUUGUCGACUCUCCUCUCGCCCUCUCUUCGCCAAACGUUCUUGCCAUCGCCAAUUAUCAGUGGACAAGGCUCCCCGCUUUGCGAGGGUCAUAUUUGUAAGCAGCCUUCCUCUUGGUUUUUUUGCAAAGAGGUGGUUUUCAAACUUGAACCUAUGACCUCCUUCCUGUCAUAAAGGAGCAACAUUACAGUUGCUACCAAGGCUCAACUUCAUUCGUUUGUUCUUAUAUAAGGAAAAGAGUUGCAUUGACAGAUGGGUAAAAGGAAGUCAAGAGCAAAGCCUCCCCCAAGGAAGAGAAUGAAUAAGCUUGACACUGUGUUCAGCUGCCCUUUCUGCAAUCAUGGGAGCAGUGUGGAGUGCCGGAUUGAUAUGAAGGACUUGAUUGGCGAGGCUUCAUGCAGGAUUUGCCAGGAAAGCUUUAGUACAACCGUGAAUUCCCUAACUGAAGCCAUCGACAUAUACUCUGAAUGGAUCGAUGAGUGCGAGCGGGUCAACAACGUUGAAGAUGAUGGUGCCUAGAACUGGAAGUUGGCCAGACCAGAAGUUUUCUUCUAUCACCCUUCAGGAAAACAAUAGAAGUUAUGAAUGGUUCUGAGGCAGAGUUGGAUGUACAUAUAUAAUAGUUUCAAGCUAGUUGCUAAAGAUAUAUCUAUAAGACUGUAACUUGGUUUUGGGCCCUUUCGGCAGUUUUAGGACAUAGUAACUGCUUGCAUACCUGUGGGGGGGCCCUGUGUUGUGCUGCUUAUAUUUGUGGAACCCCGAGUGUUAGAACUUAAAGUGGAAAUGUUGUUUUUCCUAA